GGUGUUUCCUGCCUCUCAGUCCGGAUUUGGCGACUCCGGCGUCCUCCGACUUUUCAUGGAAGAGAUGUCAGGAGAAAGUGUGCUGAGCUCAGCGGUGCCAGCGGCUGCUACCCGCACCACUUCCUUCAAGGGCGCCAGUCCCAGCUCCAAGUACGUGAAGCUGAACGUGGGGGGAGCCCUCUACUACACCACCAUGCAGACGCUCACCAAGCAGGACACCAUGCUGAAGGCCAUGUUCAGUGGGCGCAUGGAAGUGCUCACUGACAGCGAAGGCUGGAUCCUCAUUGACCGCUGCGGGAAGCACUUUGGGACCAUCCUCAACUACCUUCGAGACGGGGCCGUGCCCUUGCCCGAGAGCCGCCGGGAGAUCGAGGAGCUGCUAGCAGAGGCCAAGUACUACCUGGUGCAGGGCCUCCUAGAGGAGUGCCAGGCGGCACUGCAACAGAACAAAGAUACUUACGAACCCUUCUGCAAAGUUCCUGUCAUCACAUCCUCCAAGGAAGAACAGAGGCUUAUAGCGACAUCAAAUAAGCCAGCAGUAAAACUGCUCUACAACCGAAGCAACAACAAAUACUCCUACACCAGCAAUUCUGACGACAAUAUGUUGAAGAACAUCGAACUGUUCGACAAGCUCUCCCUGCGCUUUAACGGGAGGGUCCUCUUCAUAAAGGAUGUCAUCGGGGAUGAGAUCUGCUGCUGGUCCUUCUACGGCCAGGGCCGGAAGAUCGCUGAGGUCUGCUGCACCUCCAUUGUCUACGCCACCGAGAAGAAGCAGACCAAGGUUGAGUUCCCUGAAGCCCGCAUUUAUGAGGAGACCCUGAAUAUCUUGCUGUAUGAGGCCCAGGAUGGCCGAGGACCUGACAAUGCACUCCUGGAGGCCACGGGCGGGGCCGCUGGACGCUCUCAUCACCUGGACGAGGACGAGGAGCGGGAGCGGGAGCGGAUCGAGCGAGUGCGGAGGAUCCACAUCAAGCGCCCAGAUGACCGGGCCCACCUCCACCAGUGAGCAGGCCAGCAGCCUGCCCUCCGCCCGCUCCUGCCCCGCCCCCUCAGACCCUGGGCAGGCUUUGGGCGGCUCCCACCUCCCCUGGAGUCUGAGACACUUUUGUAACAAGCCAGAUGAUUAUUUUGAUAUUUCUUGACAAAGUGGAUUGCUUCUGUGUUGACCCAGAUGUGCACCCCUUCUGAACACGCUGUGUCUGAGGGCCCCACCCCUCGUGAGAGCCUGGAGCCGGCCUUUCUGGGCUCUCGGAGGAAAAGUAUGAAUGAGUUUGGCGUGUUUGUGAGAACCUUUGUUGCAGUAUUUAUUUUUGUGGGUGUUGACUACCUACUAGGGCUUCUUAGGUGACACUCCCUUAAGGGCUUACUGUGGCAGCUCGGGGACUGUGUAGUUGGCAGCCAGCCACCCAGGUGUCCUUGAGCCCUGGCCCGUGUGCUCUGAGCAGGCGGCGCUAUUGCUUUCCUGGGAGUCGGCUCUGUGUGCGGGUUUUGUACUACAGCUCCCUGGUCAGCAGUGGAAGGGGGAUGAAAUGUGCUUCGAGCCUCUCCCUGGUCCCUUGGUGUGGCAGGCACACUGCCAGGCCAGGGAGCAGACCCAGGAAGCUGCAGCCAUUGCUGCUUUAAGGGUCUACUUGUCUCUGCAUGGCUUCUUUUCUCAAGGGGGUGCCUUGCCCUGUGGUUAGGAACCGUUUGGCAGAAGACACUGGCUCCAGGUCAAGACACCACUGAGUUCGCAGCCUGACUCAGGCGGUUUCCCUGCUGCAACCCUGCAGGUUUUGUGUCUGUCCAGAAUAGAGGGGGCGUGCAGAUACCUUUGGAUCUUGUUUGUGAUUCCGGGGAUGUGUGUGACUGUUGGUGGGGACGUGAGACUGAAGGGCGCAGGCGCUCGGGACAGACCCCAGUUACCUCUAGUCUGUGCUGUGCAGAGGAGUCGUGACUGAAGGGUGGUUGAGGAAACUCACCAGGGUUAGGUGAGGGCGGCGGGGUGGGGUGGCUGCUUGAUAAAGGAUGUGUGGCUAUUUUUAGACCAAAGGUAUUAAGUGGGUGAUGUCUGACACAUUUUACAGUUGCUGUUUUGCGAUGGUUUGUACGGCUCACUUUGUACGUGGCAGUUGUGUACCUUCUUCUUGUAUCUGACAGCAAAGCCUCUUAGAAAUAUUCAAACAGUCCCGACUGGAUCGAGGAACCAUGUGCGGGGGAGAUGCUUUGUACAUAACGGUGUGGGGUAAACUUUUGUAUUAAGAGCCAAGAAAGGGAGCUUACAAAUCACGUUUCCUAAGUUUUUAUACUGUUUGUUAAACGUCAGCCCUGCCUGGUGGGUUCACCUUUUCUAGGAAGUUAAACUGAAUGUCCUGGUGUUUUCUAUAGGAAUGGACAAGCCAUGUAUACACUGUUUAAAUGUUCCUGUGCAGAAUGACUUAGCGGCACAAUCUGACUUGCCUUGGCCUCUGGCCUUCCGGGUCCUGUUUUGGCAGCUCUCUCUACCUUCCUCUAGCCUCAAACCUUGUGCCUGUAGCUUUGUACUUCAGCUCCCAGCGAUGGGAACAGACCAAGCGACCAUUCCAUGGUGCCUGAUCCCGCUGGCAGCUGAGUCCAGUUAGGGCCUGACCCAGCGUCGGUCUCCAAAGCUCUGCUUCCCGGUUCCAAACACGGGAGUGAAGGCAGUAGUCGGCACUUCUAGUUCAUCUAGCGUGUCGCUGGUGUAAAGAGUGAACUUUUUUUACUGCACGCUAAGGGCUCACGAUGAAAAUAAAUCAGAAUAGCUCUUUGUUCAUGGUAACCAAGUUCAAUGUUUGUGGGGUCCGCACCCCUGGCAGGCUCCACAGAGCUUCCUGUCGCCUGCUGUGGAAGAUGGGCUGCUUGACCUCCCUGGAGGUCGAGAUCCCAUUCAGGGGCCAUACCUGCUGCUCAGGGCUCCCCAGAGUGCGUGUGGGUUAGCGGGCUCCACCCACAGCCCCUGGUCACGGAAGCACCUUCCUGCCUCUGCUGAGUUUUACAGGUGCUCACUCUGUACGAGCAUCUGUAGACACGUGUCAAAUAAACUCCACUCUGCUUCUACUCA